CCGGCCUCGAGACCAGAACUUCUCGGUACGCUUGUCAAGUCCUCGAUGCACUUCGGCAUACACACAUUCUGGGCCUUCUUCGUGGGUCGCCACCCAUCGCGCCCGAACGAGAACGUCAUAUAUACAACCUUAGACGAGCGGACCAUCGAGUGGAUAUCGACGUUCGAGAGGCUCAUUCGCUUCGGCAAACACCGUUCGUACCUACGGCGCUGCGCGUAGAUUGUGGGCGGUACGGGACAGUCCUACUCCAGGAUGAUCCACGCGGUGACGGCCGCGCACUCGCUCAUCGCCCAACAGGUCCACCUCUUCUGGAACCCCGUUGGCCUCCCCGAGUACAUGGAACUACGGGACCCCGAACUUCGGCGAGCCCUCAAUGGUCACCUCGCGGACGACUCCCAACUGUGGCCAGAGAACAAGAUCGUGAGCCUCCAGCCCGAGCUGUUCUACGAGUUGAACGCGACCCACUUCAGCAGGGCCAACCUCACCGAGAACUUCAAGCUUUUUCUCGGCGCCUACGUGGUCUGGCUGUUUUCCCCCUAUGCGUCGAGUUACCUCACGACGCGCAUGUUGGAAGACAUGGGCUUAGAGUCCAGCGCCCAGCAAUACCAGCGUCACAAGUGCACGCAGGCGCUCGAAGACAUCCUGCCGCUGGUGAUAUGGGAGUCAGGACGCGGUGACCGCAACUACAAGCUGUACACUUGGAAAAUGCUUCAACUCACCACGCUGUCAGUCAAUCAGUUCGAAACGGUGUACGGCGACACGUUUAGGGCGUACUUUUCGCCGGUCAUGUCUCGCGUGGGGAUCAACGCCUGGAACAUGACGCUGAAGUGGGAAAUAAUAGACAGCGUGUACUCGUACGUUCCCUUUGACAAAACAGCGGGAUUCUUGGACAUGUACGUACGGAUAUCCGUCAGGAGUAUCGGCAUUCUAAAGAAAUCGUUGCGACGGACCAGCCUGACCACCCUUCAAUCACCGGGCUUCGCAGCCGUCAGACUGUACAGUAUGCUCGUGGCCAGGGAACUGAUCGUGCCCAACUACCUGAGGACGCCACCACUCUUCGACGUGAGGCACCCGUUGCCCGUACUUGUGGCCUUGGUGGCCACCGUCAUCUGCAGGGAGCUGAUGGUUCUGGGCCGAUUUAUUCUUUACUAUGACGAAAACUUUACGCCCGUCUUGACGAAUCCGGUUUUUGGCCAGCUCGUGUCACUGCUCCGGGACUUGCAGAACUAUGCGUCUUUCCUGGAAAGCAGCGGCCACUAUACGCAACGCGACUACCGAAAGCUGAUUGCUGCCGGCUUGGCAGCACACGUGGCCAGCGGCAUCACGAGACUUCCCGAGGCACAGAACUUCUUCAGUAUGGCAGUGGAGGCGACGAAUGCAAACGGGCGGCGGCCAACAUUCCGAGGCUUCCGCGAGGAACAGCUCUACUUCUUGGUGACCUGUUUCAUGGAAUGUGGUAGCGCCAACCACGACACCUCUUUGCAGAGAGCAAUCUGCAACGUGGCCUUGCCUACAGUAGCCGCAUUCAGGCAAGCCUUCAAGUGUGAACCGUACCAUCGACUGGUGACCAACUUCACCUCGCCUGAACCACCGCCCUCGACAACGACCCGCUAUGCUUCAGCGUAG